AGGCCACGCUCUGGCCUGCAGAAAGUAGAAGCUCUCAGCUCAUUCACUACCCUUCAGGAAAGGGAGAGAAGACAAGCUCUCUGCCCCUCUUCUGCUUUAAAAAGCCACUAGAGCUCCGCGGGCAGCUUGCUGGCCGCUCCCUUCCCACGCCUGGACCAUGCCCCGUAGCCGCUUCCUGCGCGGCCACAGGCGAGGACUCGGUAUCUGCAGCUGAGAGCUAAAACUUUUUUGACUUUUCUUUCCCCCAACAACUGAACCAUGCCAUGUGCUCAGAGGAGCUGGCUGGCAAAGCUCUUGAUGGUGGCUCAGCUUCUUAGCUUUGGGGCUUUUUGCCACGGGAGACAAGCUCAGCCCGUCCCGGUUCGCUUCCCAGACCCGAGGCAAGAACAUUUUAUCAAGGCCCUGCCUGAAUAUCACGUGGUGGGGCCAGUCCAAGUAGAUGCCAGCGGGCAUUUUCUGUCUUACGGACUGCGUCAUCCUGUCUCCAGCAGCAGGAGGAAGAGAGCCGCGGGUGGCUCUGAGGACAAGGUGUACUACAGAAUUUCACACGAAGAAAAAGACCUGUUUUUCAAUCUGACGGUCAACAGGGAAUUUCUUUCCAAUGGCUAUGUCGUGGAGAAGAGAUACGGGAACCUUUCCCAUGUGAAGAUGGUGGCUUCCUCUGGCUCACCCUGCCACCUCAGGGGCACAGUUCUGCAGCAGGGCACCACAAUCGGCACAGCAGCCCUCAGUGCCUGCCAAGGACUGACUGGAUUUUUCCAUCUACCACAUGGUGACUUUUUUAUUGAGCCUGUUAAAAAGCAUCCGCUGACGGAAGAAGGGUACCACCCUCAUGUCGUAUACAGGAGUCCGGAGACAAAGGAGCCCACCUGCGGAUUAAAGGACAGUCUAGGUAACUCUGAGAAGCAAGAGCUGCAGAGAGAGAAGUGGGAGAGGAAAAACUUGCCAAGCAGAAGCCUCUCCCGGCGCUCCAUAAGCAAGGAGAGAUGGGUGGAGACACUUGUGGUGGCUGACACCAAAAUGGUGGACUACCAUGGAAGUGAGAACGUGGAGUCCUACAUCCUCACCAUCAUGAAUAUGGUCACCGGGUUGUUCCAUAACCCAAGCAUUGGCAAUGCAGUCCACAUUGUCGUGGUUCGACUCAUUCUCCUUGAAGAGGAGGAGCAAGGAUUGAAAAUAGUUCACCAUGCAGAGAAGACACUGUCCAGCUUCUGCAAGUGGCAGAAAAGCAUCAAUCCCAAGAGUGACCUCAACCCUGUCCAUCAUGAUGUGGCUGUUCUUAUCACCAGAAAGGACAUCUGUGCUGGUGUCAAUCGCCCUUGUGAGACUCUGGGGCUGUCUCAACUGUCAGGAAUGUGCCAGCCUCACAGGAGUUGUAACAUCAAUGAAGAUUCUGGCUUGCCCCUGGCUUUCACCAUCGCCCAUGAACUCGGGCACAGCUUUGGCAUCCAGCAUGAUGGAAAAGAAAACGACUGUGAGCCUGUGGGCAGGCACCCGUACAUCAUGAGCCAGCAAAUUCAGUAUGAUCCCACCCCACUGACCUGGUCAAAGUGCAGCAAAGAGUACAUCACUCGCUUCCUGGACCGAGGCAGGGGAUUCUGUCUUGAUGAUAUCCCCAAAAAGAAAGGCUUGAAGUCCAACGUCAUUGCUCCAGGAGUGAUUUAUGAUGUUCAUCACCAGUGCCAGCUCCAAUAUGGCCCCAAUGCUACAUUUUGCCAGGAAGUGGAAAAUAUCUGCCAGACACUGUGGUGCUCUGUAAAAGGCUUCUGUCGCUCGAAGCUGGAUGCUGCUGCAGACGGGACACGCUGUGGUGAGAAGAAGUGGUGUAUGGCUGGAAAGUGUAUCACAGUGGGGAAGAAACCAGAGAGCAUCCCUGGAGGCUGGGGACGCUGGUCACCCUGGUCCCACUGCUCCAGGACCUGUGGGGCGGGAGCUCAGAGUGCAGAGAGGCUCUGCAACAACCCCGAACCAAAGUUUGGAGGAAAAUACUGCACCGGAGAAAGAAAACGCUAUCGCUUAUGCAAUGUCCACCCCUGCCGCUCAGACACCCCGACUUUCCGGCAGAUGCAGUGCAGUGAAUUUGACACUGUUCCCUACAAAAAUGAAUUCUAUCGCUGGUUCCCAGUGUUUAAUGCAGCACAUCCGUGUGAGCUGUACUGCAGACCCAUAGAUGGACAGUUUUCUGAGAAAAUGCUGGAGGCCGUCAUCGAUGGCACCCCUUGCUUUGAAGGCGGCAGCAGCAGAAAUGUCUGUAUUAAUGGCAUAUGUAAGAGGGUUGGCUGUGACUAUGAGAUUGACUCCAAUGCUACUGAGGAUCGCUGUGGUGUGUGCCUUGGAGAUGGCUCUGCCUGUCAGACUGUGAAGAAGCUGUUUCGGCAGAAGGAAGGAUCUGGUUAUGUGGACAUCGGACUUAUUCCCAAAGGGGCGAGGGACAUAAGGGUGAUGGAAAUCAAGGCAGCUGGAAAUUUCCUGGCCAUUAGGAGUGAAGAUCCAGAAAAGUAUUACCUCAACGGAGGGUUUAUUAUCCAGUGGAAUGGAAACUAUAAACUGGCAGGGACCGUCUUCCAGUAUGAUAGGAAAGGAGAUCUGGAGAAGCUGAUGGCUCCAGGCCCCACCAACGAGUCAGUGUGGAUCCAGCUGCUAUUCCAGGUGACUAACCCUGGUAUCAAGUACGAAUACACUGUCCGGAAAGAUGGCCUUGACAAUGAUGUGGAGAAGUUGCUGUACUUCUGGCAAUUUGGCCGCUGGACCGAAUGCAGUGUAACGUGUGGGACAGGUAUCCGGCGCCAGACGGCUCACUGUGUCAAGAAGGGCCAUGGGAUAGUGAAAGCUACCUUCUGUAACCCAGAAACACAGCCCAGUGGGAGACAGAAGAAGUGCUAUGAAAAGGAUUGUCCACCCAGGUGGUGGGCAGGGGAGUGGGAAGCAUGUUCGACGACAUGCGGUCCCUACGGAGAAAAAAAGAGAACAGUGCUGUGUAUCCAGACCAUGGGCUCUGAUGAGCAGGCUCUCCCAGCUACAGACUGCCAGCACCUACUGAAGCCCAAGGCACUGGUUUCCUGUAACAGAGAUAUCCUGUGUCCAUCAGACUGGACAGUGGGCAACUGGAGUGAGUGCUCCGUGUCCUGCGGUGGCGGAGUGAGGAUUCGCAGUGUCACCUGUGCCAAGAACCACGACGAACCUUGCGACAAGACGCGGAAACCCAACAGUCGAGCUCUGUGUGGCCUCCAGCAGUGCCCGCCUAGCCGCCGAGUUCUGAAACCCAGCAAAGACAUAGCUCCCAGUGGGAAAAGCCAACCAACAUCAGAGUACGACCCCUUCAAACCCAUCCCUGCACCCACAUCCAGGCCCAUGCCACUGCCCACGCCCACAGUGCCUGGGUCUUUGAACACAAGCACCACGGCAAUCAACAGCCUUGGCCCCACUGUGGCACCCGAAGAUGGGACAGGAUGGCAGAAUACUUCAACCCAAGCUGAAGAGGACUCCCACUACCUUACUUCCUCUGGAAGCACUUCCCAGGCCCCCUCUUCUGUGAGUAUCCAGCCCGAUGAUGACAAUGUUUCUAGUUCAACGAUAGGUCCUACUUCAGAGGCUGACUUUUGGGCAACAACAAGUGAUUCCGGCUUAUCAUCUAGCAAUGCUGUGGCGUGGCAAGUAACCCCAUUUUAUGACCCUUUGACCACGGAUCCGGAAGUGGAGAUACACAGUGGCUCAGGGGAAGGCAGUGACCGGCCUAUGAACAAGGAUGAAAACAACUCUGUGAUAUGGAACAAGAGCAGGGCACCUGAGCACGCGUCUUCCAUGGAGAGGAAUGCAGAAAUACCACUCGGACCUCCACCAACAUCUUACGUCGGGGAAGAGACUUCAUGGCCUCCCUUCAGUACAGCGAUGAAAGGCUCACUACCUGACUGGUCCCUUAAAAACGAGACACCCAGAGCUGAGGGGAUGAUCACUGAAAAAACAAGGAACAUUCCACUCCUGCCUGGAGGAGGCCAUCAGUCAAUGCCCUCAGAAAAGUUAGGAAACCAUGACCACUUGGCGUUGCCAAACGUUACAAAUCCAAACCAAGGUUCUGGGCCUGUCCUGACGGAGGAAGAUGCAUCAAGUCUGAUUGCUGAGGGAUUUCUGCUAAAUGCUUCUAAUUACAAGCAGCUUAUGAAGGACCCCAGCCCUGCACACUGGAUUGUUGGAAACUGGAGUAAAUGCUCCACCACAUGUGGGCUGGGGGCCUACUGGAGGAGUGUGGAAUGUAGCACCGGGAUGAACGCUGACUGUGCAGCCAUUCAGAGGCCAGACCCUGCUAAGAAGUGCCACCUCCGCCCCUGCGCCGGCUGGCGAGUGGGAAACUGGAGCAAGUGCUCCCGAAACUGCAGCGGGGGCUUCAAGAUUCGUGAGAUUCAGUGCAUGGACAGCCAGGACCACCACCGGAGCCUGAGGCCAUUUCACUGCCAGUUCCUGGCUGGCCUUCCUCCUCCCCUGAGUAUGAGCUGUAACCUAGAGCCUUGUGAAGAAUGGCAAGUGGAGCCCUGGAGCCAGUGUUCUAGGUCCUGUGGAGGUGGUGUUCAGGAGAGAGGAGUCUCUUGCCCCGGCGGCCUCUGUGAUUGGACAAAAAGACCUGCGUCCACUGUGCCCUGCAACAGGCACCUUUGCUGCCGCUGGGCCACUGGCGACUGGGACCUGUGUACCACUUCCUGUGGCGGCGGCUCUCAGAAGAGAACUGUUCAUUGCAUCCCCUCAGAAAACAGUACGACUGAAGAUCAAAGCCAGUGCCUCUGUGACCACGAAGUCAGACCCCCAGAAUUCCAAAAAUGCAACCAGCAAGUCUGUAGGAAGAGUGCUGAUUUAACGUGCACAAAGGACAGGCUUUCAACCAGCUUCUGCGAGACGCUAAAAUCCAUGAAGAAAUGCUCUGUGCCCUCAGUGAGAGCACAGUGCUGCCUCUCAUGUCCGCAGACGCAGAGCAUCCACACUCAAAGGCAAAGAAAACAGCAGCAGCUCCAAAAUCAUGGCACCCUCUAGGUUCAGAAAGAAGCCAUCAUCAUCAACCUCCACAGCCUGCUGCUCAAGAACAUGGUCCAGAAGGCCACUUCAUUACUAUUUCACUUUACACAUGCUAGGUUCAACUAUAGAUCACAACAAAACAAAAUGCAAUGUGUUUGUCUAGCCACAAAAUGUUCCUUAUAGAAAGCUUGGUGCUAGCUGCUCCCUGAUAGGAAGACAAAGGAAGUAUUUGAGAGAAUUCUGAAGCAGCUGAGAUGAGAGCCUGGGGAAAGUACCAGAUUAGGCAAGUCUGUGAAAAAGAUGUCUUUUCCCCUUUAAAGAUAAAAAUAGAGAACAGCUUUUUUUCCAAACUACCUCAAGAAAAUCAAGAAACAGCCACACUUACCCAGGGAACAGAUAAUCUUUUUAAUUUGUCUUCAAGAAUAUAUCCUCCUUGGCUUCCUUGGGUAGCCACUGGGGCAGUUUUUAGGAACAUUUAUUCAGUAGUCAAUAAGGAUGAGAAGAGAAUGCUAGCUGACCCUCAGUCUACCCUCCAGCCCUGCAGGACUUCACAACUGGAAGUCUAAAAUCUUGGGACAGACCAGGGAGAUUCGAGAUUAAGGACACACAGACAUCAAUGCAGCCCAAGGGGAUUAGACCAUUGAUCCAGAAGUCAUCUCUGACUUCAGUUCAGUUUCUACUAAAAAUACAAAUGAGCACAAAUCAACCUCUUGCUCGCAGAAGAAAGAAAAUGUGGCCUUUGUUCUUUGAAUUUUCCUGGCUUUGCCAGUUCCUUCACAGAACAGAUGAAUGUCCCUGUCUGCCAUUCUCUCUCCUGUCCUGCCUCUAUCUGGGUCAGGGCCUCAGGUCCCACCAUCAUCUUCAGCCCAGAAGGAUAUAAAACUACUAUAACCGGGUGCUGGCUCUCAUCUCACCCUAUCUCUCCUGAGAGAAAAGGUGAAGUUAUAAAGGUCAAACCACUUCAAAAUUAGAAUCAGGUAAAUUGUACUGUCUAAGAAUUUAGUAGAAAUGUAUACUUUAGUUAGGAGGGAAAAAAAAUUCUAAGAACUGGGAGAGAUGAUCUAUUUAGUGUACCCACUAGUGACUUUUAGAAGUCUUUUGCCUCUAGAGAGACAACUAGGGCAAAAUGCAUAUUUAGCACGUGCAAGGCUAUAGGUUUGAUCUCUAGUGACACACGUGCGUGCAUGUAUUUGUACACACAGAUCAAAAACAAAGGCUAGUUUACCUUGUGGAGACCAGGUAAGUCAAGAGGAUCCAGAUCACUGAAAUGAAAGUUAGAAUGCUUAUUCCAGACAUUGCCUCUGACUGAAGGCAGAGUAGGCUGUGAUCACAAACUCAGAGCAAAUCUCCGGGCGAGCCUGUGAACUGAAGCUAGACAGAAAGAAUGGGUGUGUGGAGAGAUGUAAGUCCCAGAGAGAGACCUCAGAACGAGCUCUUGAGAGGAGGCAGUGUGUGCCUGCCUGUGAUGGACUGCAUAGUUGUAGACUUGUGCACCAAUAUACAUCAUCUUCACUCUGGAAUACAGUACCCCACCACUCCCUGUAGUUACCUGUCUGUUCAGCAGAAUGGUGCUAUUGAACCUGGUGCUAAUAACCAGAUGUCGGCAGAGCUAACAGAAACGUUAGCUGGUAGUCAUAUGAAUGGCUAAGCAAAUAAGAACUUCCAAAUGGACAUCUUCGGCUUUGUGUGAGAUGGUGUUGCUGGCCAAUGCCAGUUUCAUUUGCUCUGAGACCAUGAACACAACAUUAUAUAUUAUGUACUUUUAAAUUUUUCUUUUUUCUUUUCUUUUCUUUUCUCUCUUUUUUUUU